AUGACCAUCUCUGUGACUUCGUCGACGUCUCCCGGUGAGACUGUAGCACCUUCCUGGUCUGUGACUUUAGUGAACUGUCCGAUCUCGCGUAUCCACUCCCUCAGCUUAGCGAUGAAUGCUUUAGCCUUCUCUGCGUCAGUUCCUUCUUUGACGUCGAAAACACGCUCAGCAGCGCGUGCAAGGUUGUACUGGCGCUCUUCGAUGAACUCCUCGAGGAGGAAAGGUGUGAUGAUUGAGAGUGUCGAAGCGUGA